AUGUCGUACGAUCAGGUGCUCUCUGUUCUCGGAGGUGGCGGCAAGGCGGCGGCGGUGAGCGCGUGGAGCGGCCAUGGAAGCAACAUCACGAGGCAGAUCGUCAAGUGCACCAGGUGGCAGCUGGAGGAGACCACCGACCUCAUCACCUGCCCUUACCACUACUACUGCGACAGCUCCUACCCGGGCGACUACUCGGCUGCCGUCGGCGUCCUCGUCGCCGUUUUAGCCGUUUAUUGCCUCCUGUCCGCGGCGGCCUUCACCGUGGUAGAGAUCGUCAGGGCUGGCGGCGGCAGCCCGGCGACGGCGGCCGGUGGCGUCGGGCGGAUCAAGCGGAAGUACCUGGUGCCGUCGGGGCCCUUCUUGAUGCCGCUGGUGCUGCUGGUGCUCGCCAAGGGGCAGCGGAUCAACGCCGUCUUCCCGCUCGCGCGGCUCGGCCCGGCAUUGCUGCUCACGCUGCAGGCAUCGGCGCUGGCGUUCCGAAACGAGGCCGACGGCGACGUGCGCUACGCCGUGCUCGAGGCGUCCACCGUGUCCGGGAUCCUGCACGCGAGUCUGUACCUCGACGCCGUCGUGCUGCCCUACUACACGGGCACGGACGCGCUCCGGUGGUCGCGGUUCUCCGGCAAGUGCGCCACCUGCCUCUGCCGAAUGGAGCCUCUGGUCGUGGGCGGCCGGACGGUGCUCUACCGGGGUCUGUCCAAGACAGCGCUGGCCAUCAUUUUCGCGCUCUGCUCCAGGAUGGUGUGCCGGAUCUACGGCGAGGAGCGGCUGAGCGCGUGGACGCGGUCGGCGCUGGAGGUCGCGAGCUGGCUUUUCGUGUCUUGCGACGCCGUGUACCUCGCCGGUUGGGUGAUUGCCGAGGGUGCCAUGGCGAGCGCGGUCGUGUACGGACUCGUCGCCUGGCUGGUGUUCCUGUGUGUGUUUGGGAAGGUUUACAGAUUCUUGGCGUGGGUGGAGAACAGGCAGGUCCAAUGGAAACCAAGCCUUACCUGCCACAAUGUGGUUUGA